GGUGCGGGCGCGCUUCCGGCCGGGCGCGGGGCUGGCGGCGCGAUCGGGUCGGCAGGGCCAUGAGCCGCAGGGGCGCGGUGCAGCGCAAGGUGCCGUGCUUGUUCGUGACCGAGGUGAAGGAGGAGCCGUCGGCCAAGCGGGAGCGCCAGCCGUUUAAAGUUUUGGCAACUGAAACCCUAAAUGAAAAGGCAUUAGAGGCAGAUAUAUACAAUGCAAUUCCUACUGAAAAGGUGGAUGGAACCUGCUGUUACGUAACUACCUACAAAGGGCAACCAUACCUAUGGGCCAGGCUGGACAGAAGACCCAACAAACAAGCUGAAAAAAGGUUCAAACGAUUCUUAUAUUCAGUGGAAGAUUGUAAAGAAUUUAUUUGGAAUGUUGAAGAGGAUUUCAAGCCUGUUCCAGAUACCUGGAUCCCAGCCAAGGAAAUAGAAUUCUCUAAUGGCAAUCCUUUGCCUGACGAAAAUGGACACAUGCCAGGUUGGGUGCCCGUGGAGAAAAACAGUAAGCAGUAUUGCUGGCACUCGUCUGUUGUAAAUUAUGAGGCUGAAAUGGCACUUGUAUUGAAACACCAUGCUGACCCCGGGCUUUUGGAAAUUAGACCAGUAUCCCUGUCAGAACUUCUAGAACAAACACUGGAGCUUAUUGGGACAAAUAUUAAUGCAAAUCCAUAUGGAUUGGGAAGCAAAAAGCAACCUGUGCAUCUUCUGGUACCACAUGGAGCAUUUGAAAUUAAGAAUCCACCUACUUUGAAACGAAGUGACAUAGUGUCGUGGUUUGAAGGCUGCUGUGAGGGUAAAGUUGAAGGAAUUGUUUGGCACUGCCGUGAUGGAUGUUUAAUCAAGCUCCAUCGCCAUCACCUUGGUUUAUGCUGGCCACUUGCAGAGACAUACCUGAAUUCUCAGCCUGUUGUUAUUUCUUUCAAUAGAAAUGACUAUGACUGUGAUUUUGGACCAAAGAGUUUGUUUCAUCAGUUUUCAAAACUAGACGGUCAAAGAUUUGACAGUCUCAAAGAUAUCAAGUUUGAUGAUUGAAGUUACUUUUCUAUUUUAAGUCAGUAGCUCUAUGUCCUGCAUUCCGCUUUCUUCUAUCACAGAACUCCUUUCCAAAAAGGAAUCUUCCUGCUUGAAGAGUAAGCUCUGUACUGUAUAGUUUGAAGUUUUUCUUAAAUGAUUUAUUGUAAGUGGUGACGUAUGUGACAUCCAGAACAGAAUCUAGCUUCAGGCAUGUUUAUUUUUAUUUUUGAAAAAUCCUUAACUUGUUCACCCAUUUCUGGAUCUGCUAAUGGUUAAACAGCACGUUGUCUAACUAACUGGCUGAUCCUAGCAGCUUAAUUAAUGAAUGCAAUCAACUGUGAAAGUUCCCUAGGAUGCGCUUUUCUAAAUAUAAUUACUGUGACACAACACCAUGUAGAACUCAGAUUCAGGAUCUAGUUUUUUAUCAAUGAAGAAUAGAUUUCUGGUAGCACCAGAAUUAGGUCUGAAGUGUGAUGAUUUCUUAAAAUGUUUGUAUCUUUCUUGGAUGAAAAUAUUUUAUGAUAUUAUUCAACUGAUAAGCUGCAGCAUUAUGCUAGUACCUGAAAAACUAAUCUACAUCCUAAAUCUACUUCCACUAUUUUUGUGUAAAGAUCAGAGGAAGUAAAAGGAAGCAUACUCAUUCUAUCUUGAAGAUUCUUAGUGAGAGAUUUGACUUCGUAGUACCCAUUUUAAGACUGCAUCUAUAUUUACGAAGCACAUAUUAAGUAUUUGAAAAAAGAUGGCACAAAUAAUAAAGUAAGAAUGCAUAGUGGUUUGAGUGGCCUUUUAUUUGUGCUACAAAAGUUUACAUCUAUAUGUAUAAAGUAUACAGAAUGAAAAAAUUCACAUGGUAACUGUACAUUUAUCUACAAAAAUACUGCUAGUUUGGCUGAUGUACUGCAAGAAUGUUUUCCAUUCUUUAUUCUUGAAUUUUCUAUAAUUGAGGUAAAAAUAAUUAAUGUUGUAAGAACAGAGAUGACCACAACACUGUCUACUGUUGAGAUGCAAGACAGAAUAAAUUACAGUAUUGUUGAUCUGGAAUUUACCAUAUGUAAGGUGCUUUCAGAGUUUCUGAACUUCUGGUUAGAGUUGAGAACUCAGACUUCUCCUUAAAAACAUGUAUUACUGCAAUUAGUUUUCUGAAUAAUAUUGCAGAGUAGAUGGGGGAGGUAAGACUGGUUUUUAUUUUGACUGGUGUAUGUAAAUAUUGACCACAAUACAUUGACUUAAUCAAUUGA